GCGACGCUCCGCUCUCCCGGAGGCCGGAGCCCCUCGCCGGCCACGCCAUUCUGUGGCGGAGGCGGGCGGCUCCACCGGCGACGCAAAAAAAUAGGGGAAUUUGAUAUGAAAUAGCCCUCGACGAACUGUAUAUUCUCUGUCCGCCCUUCGGCGCUCGGCUCAUCCUCUCUACUACCUGCGUAGCAACCUGCGCCUGCUGCGUAAAUCGAUCGAUCCAUUCACCCAUGGUGCGCAGCUUCUCCCCUUCCUCCGCGACGAGGCUCCAUGCCGUGGACGCGGCGGCGGCGGGCGUGAGGGGCGGCAGGGUCCCCCUCAGGGCCCCCGCGCAGAGGUCGCUCGGCUGCUGCAGGGCGGCCGCGCGGCAGGACAGCGCCAGCGCCACGCAGGAGCCUAGGGCCGCAGUUUCUACGGCCCGUACACAGUUGGACCUCCUGGAACAACUGACGUCCCCUACAUCUGAUGGCAUUGCUGGCCUAGAGAAUGGUACACUCCCAGAAUCCCGUCAACGCGCUACUAUCCGCGAGCAACUGUCGGCACUGGCCAAUGGUAAGGUUGAUGAGUUCACCCUCCCAUUGGGCAAGAGGCUGAAGGAAGGCCUGAAGAGACUCAACUCCCCGACGGUGUCGCAAAGGAGGAACAUCAAGAGGCAGGCCAUGCUUACCCAGGUCAGUGGACGGAAUGACUCGGUGUUCUUCGCGACUGUUGGGGCGUUUGUGCUCGUCCCACCUUUUGCCAUUCUUGCUAUUGCUGUCGCAACUGGUUAUAUCCAGCUCUUGCCUUGAACACAAAGGCGCAGGCAGGUUCACUUGCAAUCUCCAGACUGUCAUAUAGGAAGAUGCUUUUGCUCUGCAGUAGAACUGUAUAUAUAUACAUUGUAGCAAUUUGUAUGUGGUGUAACUGGGUAAGUAGGUCUUAUGUGCAAGGUUGUAAGCACUUGAUGUGGCAUAGAUUUAGCAUAAGAAACCAAUGUUCUUAUGGCGUUAAGGCGAGUUGUGGCGAGUCACCACCGCCUAGGCGGGCUAAGGCGACGCCUAGGCGGGGUAAAACGCCUAGGCGGGCCAAAAUAGGGGAGCGCCUUGUCGCCUAGGCGACGCCAUAAGAACAUUGUAAGAAACAUCUAUGGAUCGAUAUGAAAACAACGAGGAAAAAAUGCAGAGUACUGAAUACAGACAGAAAUAAUAAUAGAGGUGUAACAAGUAUAAAAAGGUCAUGUGUUACAAAUUUAAAAGGU